AUGCUCUGCGUGAAUCCCCAUUGUUUUUGUGAAGCGUGAGAGAGAAAUUUUCACCGCUCGCAUUUUGGAGGAGGGAGCGCGAGCUAAGCUGCGCCGCGGCGGCGCGAGGAAUUGGCAUCCAAGCUAGCGCCUUGUUCUUCGCCGCCGGUAUGAGCUCCAUGGCCUUGCGAUUCCAUCUCUUCUAGGUUAUCCCCCAAGAAUUUGGCCGCCGCCGGAUCCAUUUCUCGCGGAGUCAGCGCUGGUUGUGGCGGCAUCGAUCUUUGAUCGCUGGGAAAUCAGGGUUUCGCGCGGGCAGUGUGAACAGGGCGGUCCCCUCAGGAACACGGCAUUUCGGCCGCUGGCAGCUCCACUGGCACAGCAGGGAUAAGAAAUUCAAGGCGCGUGUCAGCGCAGGGAAGAAAUUUCUGGCAAAUGGUGCUCGAGAUCGCGGCUGCUGGGUGAGAUUAUAGGUCGGGAGAUGAAGCUAGAUGGGGAGGAGAGUGGAGCUGGUCCAGGGGAUGGGGGUGGAGGCGUUAUGCUGCGCAAGCCAACGCCUUCUCGGGGCCGGCUCUCGCUUGAUUCGUUUGGAAAGAGCAGCGACUCCAGCCCAAGUCCCAUGAGCUUGAUGGCAAACUUUCUAGCCGACCACGACGCCGACAACUCGGCUUCUUACUCGAGCUUGCUAGCGGGAGCUAUGACGGCGGACGAGAAGCAAACAGAUGGUUUGAAUGGGAUCUCUUCGAGGCUGCUGGCUUCUUCCACGGCUGGUAGCUUUGCCGAGAGGCUAGCGGCUAGAACUUCGACGACAACCGCGACUACUACGGCGGAAAGUUGCAAGAGCGGUGGCUUGCCAGCGUCAGGACCAAUCAGGCCGUCUACUGCACGCUUCAAGUCGAUGCCUCCAUCGCGCCUACCGAUUCCAAGAGCUCCUUGCGUGACAAUUCCUCCGGGGCUCAGCCCAACCACCUUACUGGAUUCGCCAGUUCUUCUUUCAACAUCUCAUCAGCCGGAACCAUCGCCAACUACAGGUACUUUCCCGUUGCCUCCUCUGCUUAGUGGGAACGGAAUCAAACCCGGCGAAAACUCCAAGGUGAAAGAACAGGAUGGGGGCGGCUCGGGCUUUGUCUUUAAGCCUUUCCCAAAGACAGGAACUCGCAACUCAUUGUCGCCUCUGGGAAAUUUUGGAAAUGCGGCUCCAUUUAGCUUUUCACAACAGAGUUUUGCGGAGACACAAUCGCAUCUACAGCAGAAACCGCAAGGACACGCGCCUGUACAGUCGGAUCCUUUGCCACCUACAUCCUUGCAACUGUCGGCAAAUAUCCAAGCAGAGAAGCAGCAGGAGCCGCAAAAACAAUCUCCCACACAACCGGACCAAAACCGGACGACUUCAGCUUCGCCCCCUCCUCCUCCUGCGGAAAGAUCCUCGGACGACGGAUACAAUUGGCGUAAAUACGGGCAGAAGCUGGUGAAAGGCAGUGAGAAUCCUCGGAGCUACUACAAGUGCACGUACGUGAAUUGCCCGAUGAAGAAGAAAGUCGAGCGCUCUCCCGACGGGCAAGUUACCGAGAUAGUCUACGAAGGCGAACACAACCAUCCCAAGCCGCAGCCAACUCGCAGAAUGGCGAUGAGUGCGGCAAACCUCAUGUCCAAGUCUUUGAGCGUAAGAAACGGGAGCACGGACAAGACCGAAGUAGGCCGCAAUCAGUCGAAUGGUGGAGCCAGCGAGCACUCAUCAUCGUCUGGGAGUGAUGACGAGGAUGAGCCCGAUGGAAAACGCAGGAAAAAAGAAAAGCUGUCCAGGGAGAGUCCUCCCAUUCCGAAGAAUGUCCGCGAGCCUCGAGUGGUCGUGCAGACGACCAGCGAAGUUGAUAUUCUGGACGACGGUUAUCGCUGGCGCAAGUAUGGACAAAAGGUCGUCAAAGGCAAUCCACACCCCCGGAGCUACUACAAGUGUACCAAUCUGGGAUGUCCGGUGCGAAAGCACGUCGAGAGGGCCUGUGAUGAUCCCAGAGCAGUGAUAACUACGUACGAAGGCAAGCACAAUCACGAUGUUCCUGCAGCGAGGAACAGCAAUGCUCAUGAUAGGAAUGGCGGCGGCGGCAGCGGCGGCGGCGGCGGCGGUGGUGCUGGCGGAAUGGAGAUGGUUCCCAUGCUUGGAGCUCCGCCAGGGAGCUCGGUUCCAAGCCAGAGUGGUGGAUCCGACUCGGCUCUCAGCCUUCCAGCGACGUCGGCGGUCACGUCCCCGGAGGUUACUGCCGCGGCGGAGGGGGAUUCGUUUGGAAGAACUCUCGAGGGUGUGAAGCCCGAGCGGCAAGAGUUCUUGACGGGAUCGCCAGUGAUUAUACCGGUGGUGAGGCCGAAAGAGGAACUCCAGCACGAUGCUACUGGCAAGUUAAUGCUGAGGCCGUGACGAACACGAGGUGGAAGAAGCGAAUGAAGCCAUGGAAGUGGAAGAAAUCAUGGUAAAAAAGAAGAAGAUGGAGAAGCUCAAGAUCAAAUCCACCAUGGUAGAAGAAGGCUCUACCAUAAAGAAAGAAAGGAAAAUCUUACGAAAGGAGAAAGAGAGGAGAUAUAGGCCUUGUACAUUAAAUCUUCAAGAGCUGGAUUUUACUUUA